GACAACCUCGCAAGGUCCUGUACGAGGGACCGACCUGCUGCCGCUCUAAGCCAGAGUAACAAGUCAACGUAUAUGAGCAUCGCCAUGAUGAAAACCGCUGCACAGUGGACCUCGUAAAACUCAAUUGAUUGCACGAGCCUUGUUCAGAUUCGGGUCGCCCAAUUGCCCCGCAACUCGAGAACCACCCGCGACGAGAACCUCGGUCAAUCGAGAUCAAUUCAAUGACCGUCACGCCUCCAUCUUGCCCACCAUGGCCGACACAUCGGAACUAGAAGCAGAGCUGCUCGCUGCCUUGGGAGUACCAGGGUUAUCGACCGAGCCAACGAUAGAACCAGCGACAGGGCCCGCGCCCAACGAUCAUCCACCGACCGAAGGGGCUACCAGCCAGCCUCAACCACAUGAGCAACAGCCUGCGCAGAAAACGACCGCCGAACCCCUUCCUAAUCACAACCUUCCGGCCUCCCCUGCUCCUCCUCCGACACCUUUGGAAGCGCCUGCUCCUUCUAUCUCAACCCCAACUGAUGUCGCGCCAACUACUACUGUUACUACUGCGACUACUGCUCCCGUUCCUGCUGCGACUGCGGAUACGCCGUUGGACACUCUCCUUUCCUCUGCUCUCGAAGCGCACCCUGCUCCCGGGCCGACCUCCAAAAUCUCGAGCCCUCAAGUGGUCCAGCCUGUCCAGUCGCUCUCGCAAACAUCUGCGCCUUCUCGAACCGAUGCAGCGCCCCAGAAACCUGCGAUAUCCACGCCGGCCCCGCCCCCGCAAGAAACACCCGGGAUGCGCUCCCCGAAACGCCCUAGGAGUCCGGACAACGUUGACGAGAGCAGUGUUAAGCGGCAAAGGAUGGCGGACCAAAUAAUGCCGAAACAAGAGUUUACAACCGCCCCCCCGAACGCGAAUAUCGACUUUGCGGCUAUGCUGAACGAUGCGCUUGCCAAUUUCGACCAGCACGCGCUCCCUGAAGACGGCGAUAUCGUCAUGCAAGAUGCCAAUACCGAGCAACCAGCUGCUCCCGCGAGCACGAUCUCCGACGUUGAAAAGGCGGAGAAUAAGAUCAUGAAAGCGUCCAGCAACCCCUUCUACGUCAUGCGCUCCAUGAGCCUGCCGGUAUUGGGAAACAUUGCGGUUCAGAUCUUGCUCAGGUUGUCGCAGCAACCGCGCACUGAGACGGAGUCCCUCUUGGCCGACUCUACCUCCGAAUUUCGCAGGGCUUACGAUAUGCUGAGGGAUAUCUUCCGGCCGACGAGAAAGGCAUUCUCUGAUUCACCCUUGCUGUCGCCGGACGAGCUCGAUAUCACCGACUCCGAAGAUCGCGAGACAAUACGCAUGUCGAAUUUGGCCGCCACCGCCGCGAGCGUGUUCGGUGCUCACGAUGUGGCUGUCCAUGAUGUGCACGAUGCUUUCUUCGCCAUCUUCAUUCCCGAGGAUGGGGAAUACAAAUCACCCUUGACCGACCUGCUCGUUUCCCUCAAAACCCGCAUGUUGCUGGACGCGCUCAACAAGACCGAGCAGUCCCAACCUGUCUCACAGCUCCUCGAUGCGCUUUUCCCCAUCAACUUCGAGGAAUCAUUGAAACAGCGCAGCGGGGAUCUGCUUCUGAACGCCGAUGAGGAAGGACUCGUCCUCCGGAUUCGGGAGAGGAGGGAACAGCUCGUAAAGAGUGCGGCGGACGAAUCUAUUAAAAGAUCCCUCGAGGACCAGUCGUCCGCGUUCAAGUUUACCGGGAUCCUAAGCACCUUCUUGCAGAGCCACCUCGGUGUCAUUGUGGACUAUGCAGAGAAAUACGGCGUGAAUAUACCCCUGAACGAGGAGGAGACUGCGCCUGCUCAGGAUUCGGGCGGCACCCAGGAAGAAGAGGACGAUACCUUAGCCGCUCUUCUCCAAUCUCACUUUGAACAAACGGACGGCGACCCCGCUCCGGGGAAGGCUCUUCUUUCCAACGGAACUAUCCAAGACCAACUCAGUUCGGCCGACGAUGACGGCCUCGCACUCAGGAAGCUGAUUGAAGAAUCGCUUUCUAGCCAUAUCCCCGAGUUAAAGGAGACGCCGGCUGAUCCACAUGCCUCGGCUGCGCUCCCAGACUUUGAUUCUAAGAACUUGGCUUCUUUCAUAUCGGAGAAGCUGAAGAAUGAACUCGAGAUCCCGGCGCAGGGGCUUUCGAAUAUGUCGGCGCAGGCGCAGGCGCCUAACAAUGCUGUGCAUUCUCAAUACAUGGCCCAAAUAAACCAGAACCACGCUUCCUACCAAUAUAACCAAGGCUCAAACCCUGCACCGCCAACUGGAGCGAACGGUGACGGUUUGCCGCCCAACCAAUCGAUGCCCACGGCUGCCCUGUAUGAAAAGGCCCGCCAAGCAGCUGUUGCCAAGUCGUCAAACACUACACGGCGCGAAGGUUUGCACUCCACGAGGCGGCCGUGGACUCCUGAAGAGGAGAAAGCUCUCAUGGCCGGGCUCGACAUGGUUAAGGGACCUCAUUGGAGCCAGAUCCUCUCGCUCUUCGGACCCCAGGGGACGAUAUCCGAUAUCUUGAAGGACCGGACGCAGGUCCAACUGAAGGACAAGGCGAGGAACCUCAAGCUCUUUUUCCUCAAGACCAACUCCGAAAUGCCUUACUACCUACAGAGCGUAACAGGAGAGCUCAAGACGCGGGCACCGGGCCAAGCAGCUCGUAAAGAGGCGGAGGAGAAGGCGCGCAUGAAUGUGGAAGAGGAAAGGGCAAGAGUCCAGGGCAUCAUAACGCUAGCAGGUGGUUUGCAGAACAACCACCACGCCGCCUCCCCGCCGAAACGGGCUAGCCCUGGCACCCCUGGGUUUGUAGGUUUGGCCGCUGGUUCAACCUCGACCACCCACAUGGCAACUGGGAAUGGUGCCGCCAUGCCAGCGAUGCAAGGCCCGCCCCGGAUCAAGACGGAGCUGCCAGAUCAACACUCACUACACAAGGUCACGGCAUUUCCUCCCAUUCAACCGGCUCCAGCCCCAGGCUCGGCUAUGCAGCAAACCAGGGCUCCUUUACUUCCUCUACAACCGCAGCCGGGCCUGCAGCAGCAGUCAAGGCCACAGGCCCAGCAACAGUAUCAACAGCCCCAGCAGGGUCAACAGGGUCAGCAACCCCAACAACCACGCCAGCAGGAACUGCAAAGGACGUCGAUGCCGACGCAACAGCAACAACAACAACAGCAGCAGCAGCAGCAGCAGCAGCGCCAACCAGUGCCACAACACCAACAGCAGGCGCAACAUCAGCCCCAGCCGCAAGCUCAAUCACAGCAGCACUCGCAAGGACAGCCGCUUCCACCCACCCAGGCCAGGGCUCAACCCCAAGCGAUGCCCCGACCACCCUCAGCGCCGCAACCAACACUAUCACAACACCCCUUGCCGCAGACACAGCAGCAGCCUCGUGUUUCUCCCCCCACCACCCAAACUCAACCCCUACCGACGCCGCCCAUCCCGCCUAACCACCACUCGACGCCCGACCACGCACAAGACGCCAAGCUGUUUGAGACACUGCAGGCUGCCAUUGCUGCGUCGGCGGCCAACGAAACCCACCCCCCACUCGCCACGGCGGUAUCAGAAGGCUCGACUACUUUGAACUAGAGGCGGUGUUAUAUUGUGUGUCAGUGCCGUCCGGUAACACGUUUAUGGAUGGACGACGAUUGUUCUUUCGACUCCAGGUAUCGAGCUGCGUAACGCAACGACUAGUAACAGGUACAUAAUCUUGAGAGACGCACGGUAUCGAAACGAAGGGACUUUGGGAAAGAUAUCGCUGGUACAGAGGUUUGUACU